AUGUCUGGCUCUGGUUAUGAUGCCGUCGUCGACGUCGACGAUGAGGGCGACCUCGGCCACACCGAUCUCCAAGAAGACCUCGAAUUCCAUACGUCCAACUUCAACGACACAAAUCCCAACACUCGCAAGCCUCCUUCCGGCAGCAGCGGUCUUCCCGCGCCAGCCACAGCCUCAAGCGGCUCAGGGUCAUCAAAGCGCUUCCUUUGGAGCAUGAACUUCUACGCGCAGUUCUUCGACGUCGAUACAUCCGCUGUCCUGUCCCGCUGCUGGGCUGCUCUUUUCCCUCGAGCCAACUUCCUCGAUGUCCUCGAAGGCAACCCUGAUUUGUAUGGACCGUUCUGGAUCGCCACAACGGUUGUUCUGAUUCUCUUCCUGGGCGGCACCAUCAGCCAGUACAUGUCUGAUACAGGCAAGGGGCCGUUCCUUUACGACUUUAAGCUCCUCAGUGGCGCCGCUGGCCUCAUCUAUGGCUACACCCUCUUCAUCCCUAUGGGUCUCUUCCUAGCCCUGCGAUAUUUCGGUAGCGAAUCUGCCAAUCUUCUCGAGUGCUGGGCUUUGUACGGGUACUCUAACCUCAUCUGGGUUCCUGUGGCUCUCAUCAGUUCAUCCCCCAUUUCCAUUCUCAACUGGGUCUUUGUUGGAGUCGGUUUUGGUAUCUCUGUCGCCUUCCUGCUACGCAACCUGUAUCCCGUCCUUAGCGCCACGGACCGCCAGGUCAGCAAGAUUCUGCUGGUCGUGGUUGUGCUACUUCAUGCUGGUUUGGCGCUUGCCAUCAAGAUCCUCUUCUUUGCUCAUGGCAGCCCCGUGUCAAGCACACCAGACAAGGGCAAGGGCGAUCGCAUGUUUUAA